CCGAAACACUCCAGAUCGAUAUAAAAAUCGUAUCGACGGCCGGGAUCUCAUCAAAAGACAAAAUGAUGAGCUCGCUAAUAUGGCUGCCUCUCGCGUUCGCGAUCCUCUUGAGCCCCGCGGCGUCCAAGUGCGUACCCGGCAAGGUCGAUAGCGUGGAGUUCGCCUCCAACUAUUCGCUAUUAUGGUCAGAAGCGAGCAAUCCGGACGGAUGCGGCAUCACCACGUACGUCAUCUACAUCGUCGACGUGUCGGACGACACCCUGCAGAUGUACACGACUCAGGCGGCGACGAGAUCGUACUACUUCAACUCGCUGGCGAUGUGCGCCAAUUACAGCUUCGAGGUGCACGCGCUGACCAACGAGAGCGUCGUCGGGCCCGCCGAUAGCUACCUGCUCAGGACUGAGCCCAAGGCCAACCUCAACCUCUCCGUCGCGUUCGACAACAUCACGGUCGAGUCUAGCUCGAUCACGCUGUCGUGGUCCCAGCUCUCCGCCGACGUAGCCAGCUGCGUCAGCUCCUACAGGCUGGUGUACUGGGAUGACGACGACAACCCCACCGACGUCUACGUUUACAACAACAGCUACACCAUUCCGAACGUCACACCCUGUAUGACGUACGAGUUCCAGGUGAGGGCGAUCUUGGGCAGUCCCGAGGCGGAGGGACCGUUUAGCUUGUCCGAGAAGGCCAGCUACGGCGAAGUACCGUCGCCGCCGAAACUGUCUAGCAUCGCGACCAACAGCACCACGGCAACCAUGACGUGGCAACUGGACAGCUAUAGCACCAACAGGUGCGAGAUCCAGUACCUGGCGGUGAAUACGGUAGGAUUUGCCAACGGUACCUUUACGGUACCGGUCAACGACACCUCGGCUAGGGCUCCAGUGACGUUUACGAUCGCGGGGCUCGCCCCUGAUACCGUUUAUAUCAGCGAGGUGGCUGUGGUCAACAGCGCGGGGCCCUCCAAGAACGUCACCAUCACCUACCAGACCGCUGACGAUGUCCUGUGAGGAGGCGGUCCCGUCCCCCGCAGUUAUUAGGAUAAUAGAAUCAUUUUUUUUUACCUGUCG